AUGUCUACAUCUUUGCGUCUUGGUCGCCGAGUCAUUGGGCAAGGCCCUGAGAGACAAAUAUUCGCUGGCGACGGGAUGCUUCAUGGAAAUCCUCCAAUUUGCAAAACAAGUGCAGAGCUAAGUCUCGAAAACAAUCUACAGGUCGCUACCCAGCCUUCAGCCCACGCCAAGUCAGGCCAACUUGCCCCCGGUUCCCAGGAUGCCAAACCCCGUCUGCUUCUGAUGGGUCUCCGCCGGAGCGGAAAGUCUUCCAUUGCAAGCGUCGUGUUUCACAAGAUGCCUCCCAAUGAGACACUCUUUUUGGAAUCUACCACUCGCAUCCAGAAAGACUCUAUCCACUCGUUCAUGGACUUUCAGGUCUGGGAUUUCCCCGGUCAGCUUGAAUAUCUUGAGCCGUCUUUCGAUCUGGAGGACAUUUUUGGCAGUCUUGGUGCUCUCGUGUGGGUCAUUGAUGCCCAGGAUGACUACCUCGACUCGGUCGCUCGUCUCAACCGUACCAUCUUGACUGUCCAGCAGUACUAUCCGAACAUCAAUAUUGAGGUGUUCAUCCACAAGGUGGACGGAAUUUCUGAUGAAUACCGCACGGACACCUUUCAGGAUAUUGUUCAGCAUAUCUCUGAUGAGCUCAGCGACGCCGGCUAUGAGAACGCCCCGGUUCAUUACUACCUUACAUCCAUUUACGAUUACUCCGUCUUCGAGGCUUUCAGCAAGGUCAUUCAGAAGCUGAUUCCUAACUUAUCCACUCUGGAGAACUUGAUCAACACCCUGUCCAACAACUGUGGAUUUGAGAAGACCUAUCUCUUUGAUGUCUUGAGCAAGAUCUACAUCGCCUCUGACACUCGUCCUGUUGACAUGGCAUGCUAUGAGAUGUGCUCCGACUACAUUGAUGUCAUCGUGGAUAUUUCCGAGUUGUAUUCUUGGGACCACCCGGAUCGCAAGCCUAAGGGAGACCAGAUUCAAGAGGCGGAAAGCCAUGUUGUUCUUCAUGACGAGACCAUGAUUCAUCUAAUGGAGAUGAACAAGUACCUCUGUCUCGUUUCCGUCAUCCGCAACCCCGAGGCCAAAGAGAAGAAGGGGCUGAUCGACAUGAACUGCCGUACCUUCCAGGAUGCCCUCAAUGACGUGUUCUCUCGCAGCUGGGAGCAAGACCAGGAGGGGGAACAGGGUGACGAUGCUCAGGGAACUCGAGUUUUCCAUGACAUCCAGGACGCCCCGGGGGCCCAGGAAAUCCAAGCGGAGCAGAGCUCCAGCACCUGA